AUGCCUAGCCAUCAACACUACGAGAGACUUAAGGAUCCCGAGUCAGACCUUAUCGAACCCGGUAAACGGCGCUGGCGCUUUGGUCUUGUGUCUCUUGUCGUUAUCGCCAUUGUUUCUCUUAUAUCUCUGCACAAUACAGACCUUUGGCGGUUCUUUGACGAGUCAGAGUUACCAUCAUCGUCGACCAUCGAGACUUCGGAGCCGACGGCUCUCAAGCAGUGUGCAUCUUCGCUUCCACCUCCAGUUGACCCCCCUGCUCCGCUCAAUGUCUGGGCAUCCUUAACUGUUGCUGAGACCACAGAGAUUCAACGAUGGCUGGAAGCCCCAGAGAGGGGACUUAAUCUAACGAGAGCCAGCAUAUCUACUUUCUCCGACAAUGUCAUUUUCAUGAUCGAGUUGUAUUAUCCUCCAAAGUCUGCAGCUCUGGAGUACUUGGCUUCUCCAGACGCGAUUUCUCCUCCCGACAAGUUUGCCAGAGUUACCAUUCAUCAUGGUGUGGAGCCGGUGAUUCGAGACUAUCUCGUUGGACCGCUUCCCGUUGGGCCUGACACAAGGAUGGAACCCCUCACUGAUAUCUAUCAUCGGGAGGAUAUACCGUUCCAUGCUGGCGGCUAUGCCAUUGGUUCCGAGCUUUCUCUUGUCGUUUCCCAAAUUGCGCCUGACUUUGGAGACGCGCUAUUCGAACUUUUUGGAGGCGUGGCUCGUGGUUAUGAAAACGACACCUUGAUUGUAGGGGCAUCGGCGCCGUUCAGCUUUGAUGGAAGCUUUCGCCGUUUAUGGCUCAAUUGGAAGCUCAACACUCCGGGUCCAUGGUUACACCCGGUCAACUUCUUCCAGUACGUAGACAUUAGCGGGACAGAUCCCUCUCUUUGGAAGGUUUUGAAGGUAGUCUAUAACCACCAAGUCUUCAAUUCGACGGAGUCCUUCAUGGAAGCUUUCCGGAACGGGACUCUGGUGCGCCUUCCUGAGCGACCUGAAAACAAGGACCUGUCAUGGACCACGAGGAAACGCGUAGGCAAACAACGCGAUCUCGAUCACCUUCCCGGACCUCGAUCGGUGUCCUUUGCUGGGUUGAGAUUCCGCGUCGACAAAGCGCGCCAGUACAUCACUUGGAUGGGAUGGAGCAUGUACCUUGGGUUUGACCGAGAUAUGGGCCUGAGCCUAUGGAAUAUCGGCUUCAAGGGAGAGAGGAUCAUCUAUCAGCUUGCACCUCAAGAAGCGAUUGCCCAAUACGAUAUGCUUCCCGGAUAUGACUGUCCCCACGAGGCUGUAUACCUUCCAAUGACAACCUACGCCAGCACGGGUAGUGUUACACGGCUAGACCCAUCACUCGUCCACGCCGGGUACAUGCAAGGCGAAUUCGGCGCUGUUAAAGGGUAUAUACUUACUGUACGGAGUAUCAGCACGUUUGAUUAUAUGUUCCAAUUGGAUGGAACCAUCGAGGUGCGCGUGUCCGCCUCGGGAUAUCUUCAAGGUGGGUAUUGGGAUCCCAAACAAGAUGGAUACGGAGGAAGAAUUCGCGAGACAACGAUGGGGAAUCUCCACGACCAUGUUAUCAAUUUCAAGGUCGAUUUCGACAUAGGUGGCAUCGAGAACUCGCUUUUGGAAACGACAACGAACCAAGAGGUCAUUACUCAACCUUGGUUCGACGAUGACUGGGGACAGGAGGUUAUUCAGCAGAAAAUCACGAAGAAAAUCAUCGAGAACGAGAAUGAUGCUCUGCUCAAAUAUCCUCAGAAUUUCCAAGGCGGCUAUUCCAUUAUCAAUCAAGAUAACAAAAACGCCUGGGGUCUUCCUCGCGGAUAUGCCAUACAUCCGGGAUAUUCUCCCAUUCAUAACACGGUCGUGGGCUCGAAGCGGCUUCUCAACAAUGCUAAUUGGGCUAGAUAUAACCUGGCAGUGUCCCAUCGUAAAGAGACUGAGCCUUCUUCGAGCGCUAUCUGGAACAUGAACCUUCCAGGAAAGCCUGUCGUAGAUUUCCAUAACUUCUUCGACGGAGAAAACAUCACGCAGACGGAUCUGGUUGCUUGGGUAAACGUUGGUAUGCAUCAUCUUCCGGUUAGCGAAGAUUCGCCCAACACCAAGACCAACGUCGCGGCAUCCAGCUUCAUCUUGACGCCAUGGAAUUAUUUCGACUCGGACCCUUCCAUGGAGUCGAGCAAUGCUAUUUUACUGAAAAUUCCCGAAAAGUCGGGAGAGUCUUUCGGAUAUGACGAUUAUGGCGUUAAGCAGGAAUAUACCUGUAUCCCGCAAGUCCCGAGUCCUUUCGAAUAUUCGUUUGUAGACGUAUUUGAUGCCGACGGGAUGCUUCAAGCCCCUAGCCUUGAAGAGCUGAGGAAGAACGCGGAAUGGCACCAUCGCAUAAAGGUAGAGCUCUAG